UUCAAGUGCGCAGUAGAACAAGCCAUCGCACGGGAGUAGGGGAGGCUGAUCGAACGCAAGUCUGCAGGCACUGCAGUGGAACGCAGGAGUUAGCGGCGGGCCAGAGCCGCGAUCGGAUUGACUUUCGUUCCUCUUCAUCGAUGCCCGAUGUACCGCAGGGCAGUUCGGGAUGCUCAGAGUUGCCCUCGCCCUCACAUCUUCGUCCUCGCCUUUGUCCUCGUUCUCGACCUCGACCUUAACCCCAUUCUUAACUUCGUCCUCGUCCUCGUCGAUCCCACGGACCGGCAAUCGCACGAAUCGGAUGGCAUCCGACAUCGCUUAUGCCAUGCCGAGAGGCGACAGUAGCGUACGUUGGAUUCAAGAAGACGGUCACCCGUUCCUCCAUGUCGAUAUGCCAUAAUUACAUGAUAUUUCAUGGGCGUGGAAUCCGUGGGAUUCGCGGGAUCCAUGGGAGAGUUUUGUCUCCUGGUAGCGCGGUUUGGUGACUGGUGCCAGCUUUCCAAUUCCCAAGUUGCGGGCUCCAGCCCAUGCCUGGAAUGCCGGAACUCGGUCUGACCCUCCACUACACCGACUCUAUUCUCCCCUCGACGUUUCGGAACACUUGCGCGACCGGGAACGCUCGUACUCCCACAGUGCAUUGCGCACUUGCACUUGUGUCGUUGAAUCUGGCCGGGCCAGCCAGUCUUGGCUGAUGCG